AUCGUAACAUGGCGUUCUCACUGUGGACACUUUUCGAAGCCACCUUGCUAUGUUUAAACGCUGUUUGCGUUUUAAACGAGGAAAGGUUUCUAGCCAAAGUUGGUUGGGCGUCAUGGCAAAACGUUCAAGGCUUUGGUGAAGUCCCUACAAUGAAAUCACAGAUGCUAAACCUAAUCAGGUCCAUAAGAACAGUGGCAAGAGUUCCUCUGAUAUUUCUAAAUAUUAUAGUGAUGCUUAUGAAAUUGGUGCUGGGGUGAUAUUUGGUGUAAAUAAUAUAAAAGAAUGGUGUGCUUGUGAGGGAGUAAAACAGGAUGUACAUAAGUGGCAUAAUUAAAUUCCAUUAUUUUUAUCUUUACAAAAAA